GCAUCUAUGAUGGUUUCUUUUUUUAGAGCGGGAGCCGGUAACACGUGUCGUCUCAGGUCAUCUUUGCUAAUUAAUAUUUGGCGAAAUGAAGAGUCCUCCGUUCAAAGUUGCGGACAUGGGCCUGGCGGAGUGGGGGCGCAAGGAGAUCAUGCUGGCGGAGGAGGAGAUGCCCGGGCUGAUGGCGCUGCGGGCCGAGCAGGGGGCGGCCAAGCCGCUGAAGGGGGCGCGCAUCGCCGGCUGCCUGCACAUGACCGUGCAGACGGCCGUGCUCAUCGAGACCCUGCUGGAGCUGGGUGCCGAGGUGCAGUGGUCCAGCUGCAACAUCUUCAGCACCCAGGACCACGCGGCGGCCGCCAUGGCGCAGCGCGGCGUGCCCGUGUACGCCUGGAAGGGCAUGACGGACGAUGAGUACGUGUGGUGCAUCGAGCAGACCCUGGUGUUCGCCGACGGCAAGCCCCUGAACCUGAUCCUGGACGACGGCGGGGACCUGACCAACCUGGUGCACACCAAGUACCCGCAGUACCUGGGCGAGUGUCGCGGCCUGUCCGAGGAGACCACCACGGGCGUGCACAACCUCUACAAGAUGCUCAAGGAGGGCAAGCUGCGCGUGCCGGCCAUCAACGUCAACGACUCCGUCACCAAGAGCAAGUUCGACAACCUGUACGGGUGCCGGGAGUCGCUGAUCGACGGCAUCAAGCGCGCCACGGACGUGAUGCUGGCGGGCAAGGUGGCGGUGGUGGCGGGCUACGGGGACGUGGGCAAGGGCUGCGCCCAGUCGCUGCGGGCGUUCGGGGCGCGCGUGCUGGUCACCGAGGUGGACCCCAUCAACGCCCUGCAGGCCGCCAUGGAGGGCUACGAGGUCACGACGAUGGACGAGGCGUGCAAGGAGGGGCGGAUAUUCGUCACGGCGACGGGCUGCUCCGACGUCGUCCAGCCGCAGCACUUCCUGGAGAUGCAGAACGACGCCAUCGUGUGCAACAUCGGCCACUUCGACUGCGAGAUCGACGUGGCCUGGCUGGAGAAGAACUCCGUCGAGAAGGUCAACAUCAAGCCGCAGGUGGACCGCUACAAGCUGCGCAGCGGGCGGCACGUGAUCCUGCUGGCGGAGGGCCGGCUGGUGAACCUGGGCUGCGCCACGGGCCACUCCUCCUUCGUCAUGAGCAACUCCUUCACCAACCAGGUGCUGGCGCAGAUCGAGCUGUGGACGCGCCCGCCGGGCCACUACGCAGUCGGCGUGCACGUGCUGCCCAAGAAGCUGGACGAGAAGGUGGCAGCACUCCACCUGGCGCACCUCAACGUGAAGCUCACCAAGCUGUCGCCCCGGCAGGCCACGUACCUGGGCAUCCCGGAGGGCGGCCCCUUCAAGCCCGACCACUACCGCUACUGAGCCCUCCGCCUUACCGCGGCUCUCCACUUAAACUGUUCAAUGUUACAGCCGACACACUUGAAUUUUACAGCAAACUUCUGUUUUCGAUAAUGCAGCGCGGUCUACGCUAUCGCUGUGAUUUCCUUCCGUUUGUAACGGUUAUGCGGUUUUUUUUAAUUUCCCCUGUAGUAUUAUUUUAGACGUUCGCAUCUCGUUUUCCAACAAGUGUGGGCGAGGGUGGCGGGUUCGAUACCGACACCCCUUCACGAGAUCAAUGUGACGGGUGCCCUGCUCAUGAUCUUGGAGGAUCCCCGUCGCUUUUAAGCCUCGGAAAAAAAAAAAAAAAACUGAAGUAUGGAUGUAAGGGAAGCCAUAUCUUUUAUGUAGCUAACCUAACCUUAUUGGCCAUUAGUAUCCUUUUAUGAACACUGCCACAUUUAUUUACAAUGAACCAAAAAAAAAAACCUGAAGUUGCACAAUUGGGAGUUUGGCUCUCUCGUCUGUGAAAAGGAUUCCCAUGGAUGUACAGCGAAACCCCUUAUUUACGUUACCGUUAUUUACGUUUUCCCGUUAUUUGCACUAUAUUCUUCAGGUCCCGUUUGGUUCCCAUAUAGUCCAAUACAAUACUUUCCCGCGAAUUACGUCUCAAAAAUCGAAUCAAUCCCGCUAUUUACGUCACGUAACAACCAUAAACAACCAGAAAAUACCGUGGAGCUAGUAGGCAAUGAACAUUUUAAAUAGCAAAAUAUACAUAUUUUAUAACAUGAAAAGUUGCUUUUAUUUCUAAACAUGUAAUAAUUUAAGCCUAGGCGUGUAAAAGUACGAGUAAUUAUAGCAGGAGACAAUCUAAAAUGCACGAGGGAAAAACGUAAACUCAUGAAUGUACAAACAUGGCUGCUUGUAAGUUCUGAUACUGUAUUUAUGUCACAACUUAGCCGAAAUACUGGUACGAGACAUAAACUUCACAAGAUAAAAUGAGCGGUGUCUUGGUAACUGUUUUAUACGUCUUUUAUAAUUUGGGAAGUAUUGUACAGUUGACGCCAUAUUUUUUAAACUAACCAUUUAUUUCUGGGGAUUGUAAAUAAUUAAUUAUUGGUAUCAAGACAUCAUGAUAAACGUAAACUUGAACAUGUCACGGCAGCGAGAAAACUGGUGCGUAUACCAAUAAACUGGUAUUAGAACUGGAUAAAAUUGGUACACGGGAGGUGGAGCUUAUAUUUUUUUCCGCUAAGCUCGCAUCUAUUGGUUGGCGGCUGAUGGCGUCAUGAGUCUGGGCGGAUCAUAGAGUGCGCAUGCGCCGCCGCGUCGUUACAGCAGCUGACCGAGUACAAUGACCUUUCUCCGCGUUUGGCGCGCUAUUGACGGUAAAUAUUCAUCAAUUUGCGGCCUUUUCUUAAAAAAUUUUUUACUGUGAGCAAUGUGUAUGUAGCCCGUAUUUGUUAUAAACCCUGCCGGUUGCAACUGUAUUUAUAAUUUGGAGAGGCAAAUAAUCUCCUUGAACAGCCUAAAAAGCAAGCAGAAGAAAAUUUCAAAUUUAUUUUUUAGGAUGUAAUCAGAAAAACAUUUUGGCUUUCAUUCUUUUUUUAUUUUUGUCAAAUGUGGUAAAUUAAUAAUUGAUUAAAUACUAAAGUAAAAUUUGUUGUUAGUGUGUUUGUACCUGCAUUGUAGUAUGUGCUAUUAAACAAAAGGAAAAAAAUUCUAAAUAAGGUAAACUGUACUCCUUUUUAUACUUUUCCCUUUAUUUACACUUUCCCGCUUUUUACACUUUUUUACUUUGUCCCCAUGAAAAGUGCAAAUAAGGGGUUUUGCUGUAAUUGUUUGUAUGGUGGUCUUUCUAGAGGUGCAAUAUUUAGCGUGUGUGACUAAUAUCUUUGUUCCUCGUUCUAUUACAUCGUGUGAUUGGCACAUGAGGUCGUGACGGGUCAAUCAAAUCCUCAAAGACCACCAAAAGGAUUCAUAAUUCAAAGAAAAAAUAUUACAUGAAAUAAAGUGAAUUUCAAAACCUCAA